AUGGAGAACCAAACUGACUCCUCAGACUUUAUUUUGCUUGGACUUUCCAGUGAUCCUCAACUACAGAUUUGGUUCUUCUUGAUAUUUUCAAUCAUUUUUCUGAUCACAAUGUCAGGAAACAUCACAAUCAUUCUGAUAAUAAGAAUGGGUCCUUCUCUCUCUGCACCCAUGUACUACUUUUUAUCUCAUUUGUCCUUUGUUGAUAUAUGCUACUCAACAAAUAUUGUUCCUAAAAUGUUAAUGAAUUUUCUUAUGAAGCAAAAGACCAUUUCCUUCACUUUCUGCAUUUUGCAAAUGUUUUGUACCCUUCUGCUAGGUGUUACAGAGAUUUUCCUACUUUCAGCAAUGGCUUAUGAUAGAUACACUGCUGUGUGUCAUCCACUUCAUUACAUAAUGAUCAUGAAUAAAGCAAUAUGCAUGUACUUGGUUUUGGGAGCAUGGCUUAUGGGCUUGUUAUCUGCAACCUUAAACACAGUACCCAUUUUUGGCUUACACUUCUGUGGCCUCCAUGAAAUUAAUCACUUCAGCUGUGAACUUCCUCCACUGUUGAAAGCAUCUUGUUCUGACACUUUCCUUAAUAAUGUGAUCCUUUUGUGUUUUGCUGUUAUGUGUGGGCUUGGUUCCUUCUUACCAACAUUGGUCUCCUACGUUCACAUCAUCUCCACCAUCAUGAAGAUUCAUUCUGCAGAAGGCAGAAGCAAAGCUUUCUCUACCUGUAGCUCCCAUCUCAUUGUGGUAGGCUUACAAUAUAUGACAGGAAUGUCCCAGUACAUGAAACCCAGCAAUAUUUCUUUCAUUACACUGGAUGAGCUUAUCUCUAUUCAGUAUAACAUUUUGACCCCAAUGCUGAAUCCAAUUAUCUAUAGUCUGAAAAAUAAGGAAGUGAAGAGAGCAUUUGAAGGAAUGUUUAAGAAAAAAUAA